UACAUGGUUCAAAAACAACGCCCAGACAAUUAAAUCACUAAAUGUCACUUACAUUCCUUUCUGUUGUGAAUCAUAUUUCUUCCCUUAAGACUCAGGAGACAGGAAUGAACUUCAUAAUUUACUCCACGAAGGGAUGGUACAAAUAGUAUUUGCUCUAUGGCGUAAGCUCCAUUCUCAGUCCUGUUUGGGGUAUGUAGUGACCUUCGCAGAUCCUUCCCGGGUUGAGGAGGAGGGGACCAUCGAUAUAAUGGCACACUGUAAUCAGCAAAGAAUUAGGUACAUAGAUGGAGUCUAUUUAAAGGCUAGUCAAUAAUGCUGUUGUGUCCCAUCAAACCACCACAUGCAUGCACAUGCACUUAACAGGAGCAUUUGCAUUUACAAACAGGGACACCGUGAACACUCUAAACUGACACAGCACUUAAAUGUUUUUCAGAUGUUCUGUAUCAUGUCUUGUUAACCGGUCAUGUUCUUGUAUAGUGUGCUUUUCAACAUGGACGCUACAUUCGAAACCAUGUAAAUUAUUAACAAAAUGUUUUCAAACAUAUUUCUACAAUAUUUCUUCAUUAUACUCAUAUGUACUUGGUACAUAUCAACUGAAUGCUGGCGUCGCUGAAUUCUACUCUCAAAGACUGAUUUCAGUUACACACAGAACAAGAUGUUAAGUCAAGCAAUAAGGAACCCUAAAGGCCAUUUUUAUUGUUUAGCUUUUUCAAAACUCUAUUGAAAUUAGAUUACAAUGUUUGCAGUUCUCUGAUCUGGUCUGGUCUGGUCUUCUUUUCAACACUAAAGCCAUUUUACCAAGUGUUUGAACUGAAUGAGCAGUAAUUUAUUAUUCUUAUACAUAAUUAUUGUAAUGAGAAUGCAUUCACUCAUUAAAGGUGGGAGGGUGGUAACCAGACGAUCCGAGCGAACCACAAAAAAAACACAAAAGGCUUCACAUGUAUUCACCAAGUAAUCCAGGCAUGUAAGUUACCCAAUCAUGACCUGAGGCCACAACGUUGACUCAGUCUGACAGAGGACUCAUUACAUCUGACUGUUGAAUUGGCUGAAUAAAACUUCCUAAACGCAAUUGUAAGCUUUCAUGCUUCUCAGUUUCCCAGGUCUUCAAAGUUCUUUCUCAUGGCCACUUACCAUGUAUUUCUUUGCAUACUUCAGGUGAGAAAUUACUGUUUUAUAUGCAUAUUAUAAAUAGGCAUAUGCUGUUGAAAUUCAAUAUCUAUAAAUGUAGUCAAAUUAGUCUCAUACCCUCCGACUUCCACCCCCCAAAUACACACGCCCUCUGUGUCCUAUUCCCAGCUUUGUUAGCUUUGUGUUUUCUGACCUGUUUUUUUCUCAUAAUCACAGGUCUCAAUUAAGGGGCAUGGCCAACAAUGGUUAGGGGAGGAGCCAAUGGAGUGUACAGCACCCAGAGAGAGUCAAAAGGAGGAAGUUAGACAGACACCAAGACAGAAGGAUAGAAUUGGGAGGAAAGAAGAGCUUGAGCAGUAUUGCACUUCAGAGGACUCAGUGCUCAGGAGAUAAACUGAAAGAGGACAGAGCAGCAGAUUAUAUAGAGGAAUAGAGCAAGAGAGAGAGAGAGAGCACUGGUCUGAAAACAGAAAUCUCCCCCAUCUGCCACUGGUCUAGCCUUACAUUGGGAUGGCCUUCAGGAAUCUGCUCUUACUGACUGGACUGGCUCUUGUGGCCUUGUCUGAGGGGGCAAGACAGAGACGAAACUCUCAACGGAAAAGACAGAAGAGAGAAUGGAUCAUCAGUCCUAAGCUCCUGACUGAGAAUGAAGAUCACAGACACCUGGAUUUUGUGGCCAAAAUCCGAUCAGACCGGGAUGAUGGACUCCCUGUGGUCUACUUCCUGAAAGGGCCUGGGGCAGACGAGAACCCGGUAAACCUAUUCAUAGUCAACAAAGACGGCCUAGUCAAGAUUACCGCUAUUCUGGACCGAGAGCAGCAGUCAGAAUACAAUAUGACUGGUUAUGCAAAGUUCAAACAUAAUGAUUCCCUGGCAGAGGCCCCCAUAGCAGUAAAUAUAAAGGUACAGGACCAGAAUGACAAUGCUCCAGUUUUACCACAACUGCCAACUGUCAGCAUCUAUGAGGAUAGCCCAGAAGGAACAUUCGUGGCGCAAGUGCAUGCAAUGGAUGCGGAUGAGCCAGGAACCGCUCACGUGGCUAUCGCCUACAGCGUGGUGAAGCAGGAGCCAGAGGAUGGCAAGAUACAUUUCCGUGCUGAUAAAGCCACUGGCAAGAUUUAUGUCCAGUCUGAACUUGACAGAGAGAAAACCAGCUCCUACAUCCUCACUGUCCAGGCAGCAGACAUGGGAGGUGAGCCAGGGGGACUGACAGGAACAUCCACUAUGAUGGUGCACAUCUUGGACGUCAACGACAUAGUCCCCAAACUGGAAAAGGAUGAGUUUUCAGUAAGUAUUGAUGAGAAUUUGGCAGAUGUCGAGGUAUUGCGCUUCAAAACUUUGGAUGAUGACCUUAAAGGAUCAGACAAUUCGCGAGCUGUGUUUCACAUUGUGUCGGGAAAUGAGGAUGACUACUUCAGCGUUUACACCGACCCCAGGACUAACGAGGGUGUGCUGAUGCUUAAGAAGCCUGUUGAUUUUGAGGCAGUUCCUAACCUGAACCUGGGGGUUGUGGUGAUGAAUCAAGCACCUGAAGGAGCCAGGGUACCAGGAGAUGCAGCAGGCUCUGAUGGUGCCGGUGGUGGUGGUGAUGGAGGAGCAGGACGGCCUGGUGGAGGAGGAGGAGCAGGAGGGCCUGGUGGAGGAGGAGGGACUGGAGGGACUUGGAGCAUUUCUUCAAAGUAUAAAAGGUACCCAGUGAAGAUCAGUGUGAACAACAAACCAGAUGGGCCAGUCUACCGCCCAAGCACCAAGCCCAUCUCCCUCCCAGAGGGCAAAGGACAACUUUCCAUCCCCAAGGUCAUUGGCACCUUUCCUGCCACGGAUGGAGAUACAGGAGAACAGGCCCAGGAUGUCAGGUAUGCAAAAGGUUAUGACCCUGGAAACUGGUUCACCAUUGAUGAGGAGACAGCUGAAAUCACACUCAAUAAGAUGCCAGACCGGGAGUCUCCGUAUGUGGUGAAUGGGACCUACCUGGCCAAGAUUCUCUGUAUGACAAAUGGCAUGCCCACCCAGACAGCCACGGGGACCAUUGCAGUGCAUGUGGAGGACACUAAUGACAACUGCCCCACGCUCACCAGCCACGUGCAGUACCUGUGCAGUGACACUAAGGUGGUGAAUGUGACAGCAGAGGAUUUGGAUGGAGACCCUAACGGUCCGCCGCUUGAGUUCACGCUGCUGGAUGAGGGUGUGGGGGUGAAGUGGAGGCUUCAGCAGACCGGAGAUGCUUCAGCAGCGCUGUGGGCUGAAGAUGGUCUUUGGCCUGGCCUCUAUGAGGUCACGUUUGAGAUACGAGACCAGCAGGGGUUGGCCUGUCCUGACAGACAGGUCCUCAAAUUGGAGGUGUGCACCUGCCAAGGGGGCUUGACUUCCUGUGCUCCGGAAGAGGUGCAGUCAGGGGUUACAACCAGCAAGAAGUCAUCCCAACUGGGAGGAGCCGCAGUGGGAGGGAUGCUGUUAGGCCUCCUCGCACUCCUGUUGGUCCCACUGAUGGCUUUGUUCUGCUCCUGUGGAGGAGCCAGUGGGCUUGCAGGAGGCUUCACUGACCUGCCCUUCGACGCCAAGGCUCAUCUAAUCUCCUAUCACACCGAAGGAAAGGGAGAGGACCGGGAGGUUCCUCUGAUGAGUGUUCCGGUACUAAUCUCCAAAGUAAUUCCAGUUACUGCUUCCGCAAACAUGGCUACCACCACCAUGGUGAGCAGGCAGAUGCAGGAGAAUGCAUUCGGAGGCUUUUAUGACUAUAAUGAGCCAGAUAUGGGGAACAUGGACUCCAGUGCCCAUUGGGAUUAUACUUCAGAUCUGCCAGAGAUGAGAGAGGAGGAUCAGCUCUCAUUCAUGGCACUACCAGACACAUUUCUGGACCAUUACUUCUCACAGAAAGCAGAGCACACAGCAGUGACUUCUUGUCCGAGGGACAAUCUGUUGGUGUAUGAAUGCGAGGGACGGGGAUCCCCCGCUAACUCUGUGGGCUGCUGCAGCCUCCUAGAGUCUGAGGAUGACCUCCAGUUUCUCAACGACUUGGGGUCAAAGUUCGCCACCCUCGCCCAGAUCUGUGGAUACUCCAAAGUCACAAGCCCAAGAAUGGACCAUCAGAUCACACCUCCCAUGUCAGAAAUGGACACCAGAAUCAUCAUGACAACCGAUGUUAAAAAACAGACAAGGGAGUCCAGGUCCUCAAAAAUCAGCAACCACGAGGCACCACCUGUGCGCAUGGAGAGGAGCGUCAGCUUUGUGGAGGAACACAGCCCACCCCCACUUCCCAGGAUGCAACUGUGCGAGACCAUGGCCAUGCCCACCCAGACUGUGUUGGUGCAGCAGCAGCCCCUGUACUACAUGGUGGAGCCGCAGGUUCAGAGCACAGUGCUGCUGGCCGAGAGGCCCCCAGUUGGUCUGGGUCAGGGAGUGAUCCUGGUGAACGGGAGCCAGACAGCCACAGAGAGGGUGCUGCUGCAAGGAGGAGGUCUAGUGCAGGGAGGAGGUCUAGUGCAGGGAGGAGGUCUAGUGCAGGGAGGAGGUCUAGUGCAGGGGGGAGGUCUAGUACUGCAGCAGGGCGGGCAUGUUCAAGGGGCUCAGGGGAUGCUAAUACAAAAUGGUCAACAUGUUCCUGGAUCUCAGGAGUCUACAGGCCUGUUCCUGGUGAGCAGCGGCCAGGCAGCCACAGGGGGGUUGGUCCAUCAAGGAGACGGGCUGGUACAGGGAGGGCAGAUGGUAGAGGUGCAGGGGGAUCAGCAGCACAGUCCUGGAUCUCCGACCAUGUUUCUGAUGAACAAAGGGCAGACACUGAAGCACAGGCCCGGAUCCCCUUUCACCAGCCAGCCUCUGCAUGCAGCCAACACGUGCGGCUCUCCAGUGCUGCUUGUGGACGGAGGCAUGAGGCAGGGAGGGGAAAUCCAGCUAGACACCAUGCAGCGAGGUUCUACUAAGGCUCAGGUUGUGCAUGGGUCUCAAUUUUUUGUGGAAGCACAGACCUUACCCAGAGGUCCGAUUCUGCAGGGGGAUGGGCACAUCCAAAGAGAACCCCGGAGAGGCCCCAGUAGCGGUAGAGUGUGUGUGGGUGGCCCAAUGCCCGCUCAAAGGGUUAUGCUUGAUCAGGGGCCAACUGGCACUGGGCAGGUGUCCACAGGGCAGAAGGGCCUGCAGCAGCUUGAGGUUUUUCCCCAGGCGGGAGUACAGGGAGUUGAAGCGGAGUAUGGAGUGUGCUGCUACAAGCUCAUACCUGGAGUGAACACUCAGCAAGGGCUAAAGAGAACCUCAAAACACUGA